UUGCACUUCUUUUCCUGCCCUUCACUCAGAAUGGUCCUCUUUAAGGCCAAAUUCAAUUUCCAAAGGCGUGUAAAGCUUGCUCAAACUCUAUGGCUUCUCUCGUGGCUCGCUGUCCUUAUAGGAUGCCUGACUUUUGGAAUAGGGAUUUUCCUAAAGGUGCAACUUUGGAUACACAAUGAGAUAAUGGAUAACACAGCAGCACAUGCUGUCCCAAGUACAGUGAUAACAGCUGGGUUGGUAGGUAUCCUCCUUGGUCUCUAUGCAGGAAAGAUCAGCCAAGACUCCCUGGAUAUUGCCAAGUACCCACGAUGGAAACCCUUUAUGAUGCCCUUUUUUUUUGUUUCUGUCUUGAGCUGCAUGAUUUGCCUAGCUGCGCUAGUUUUAAGUGUUGCAAUGAGAGGGACUCUGGAGGAAUCACUAAAAAUUGGGCUACAGAAUGGAAUCAGGUUUUACAAAGAUACAGAUAUCCCAGGUCGUUGUUAUCAGAAGAAGUCCAUGGACAAGCUACAAAUGGAAUACCAGUGCUGUGGAAACAAUCAUUACAAAGAUUGGUUUGAGGUACAAUGGAUCAGCAAUCGCUACUUGGACUUUGGCUCCAAGGAAGUGAAAGAUCGCAUAAAAAGUAAUGUGGAUGGCCGAUACCUGAUGGACAGUGUCCCAUUCAGUUGUUGUAAUCCAAGCUCCCCACGGCCUUGCAUCCAUAUCCAGAUCACCAACAACUCAGCCCAUUACAGCUACAACUAUCAGACGGAUGAGCUGAAUAUUUGGGUGAGGGGUUGCAGGGAGGUACUACUAAGUUACUACACUGGAAUCAUGGCCACCAACGGGGUAGCUGUCACUCUGUCCUUUAUUCUGGAGGUCUUUGUCCUAGUCAGCCUACGCUAUCUUCAGACUUCUAUGGAUAUGAUCAGCGGUCCUGAGGAUGUGGAAGCUGAAUCAGAGGGAUUCCUUCUGGAAAAGGGUGUAGGGGAUACUCUUAACAGCACAAUAGAGAAAACUAAGGCCCUCUUUAAGUCCAAUCAGGUGGGGACAAAUGGUGGUGUGGAAGCCACAGCUAGCUAGGUACUUCAAAAUGCUAUGCUUAGAGACUUUAGAAAUAGCUCAAAUACGCAUCCACAUCCUUUCCAAAAUAGAUGAUGGGAUGGGUUAUCCCUAUGUGUCAGACAAACUAUGCAUGUAUGAGGGAUGAGUCAGGGGUGAUGGUCUUCCUAGUUGUAGCUGCUAAAAUGUAGAAUCAGAAGGCGUGAAUAAAAGAAAAAAAAGAGAGAAACAGAGAGAGUGUAGUGCUGUGGGAAAUACAUAUAUACAAACAAAACCCCCCAUAUAAUAUGUAAGACUGCCAUACUAAUACACAAGUUCUGUUGUAGAUACAGUCAAAGAAUACUGCAGAGUAAUAUGGUGCACUGACAAAUAUACAAUACAAAUACUGCAAAAAACAAAAACAUGAACUAGAGGUGAAACAUUCAUGUUUCUAAGGAACACAUCAGAGACGCUUGUACCACAAGUUGUUUAUUUAUGUGAUAAUCUCCAGACCCAUUAUAAACAUCCUUGCUUUAAACAUUUGAAAAGGUUACAAUAUCAUAAAAAUUACUCUCAUUCCCAAAAGGACUGAAAACUCCCACAACCACAUAAACCUUGAUGGAAUCACACACAGACCACUGCCACAGUACAGAGCUGACUAUAUAUGACCCUUCAUAAAAAAGCAACCAUGGGAGUUUAUAUAACUUAACAGACUGUACCA